CACUUAUGUUCCCUUUUGAUGUAAAUGUGUUAUUCUACCCACUUAUUCUUAUUCGACACAGUGAACGGAUUUGGGAGUAUUUAGGCAUGAGAGCAUCUCGAGGGGGCCCUUAACUGUGCAAGCUUUUGUAAGACUUUCAACAAAAGACGGAAACUGCACUCGCGUUCGUCUGUGCACGCGCAGCAAACCAAAACCAUGCACAAGGGGAAUGAUUUUGGAUGGAUCCUUGUCCUGUCAGCACUGUUUACUUUCAGUGAUGCAUCAAGUCAAACUGUCAACCAAGAGCUUUCAGAUGUUUUUAAUGAGCUCUGGAAGCUGGAUGUGAAUCGCCUGAAGCCUGGGACUCAUUACAAUAUCUCACUGCAGGGCAAAGCUGGUUACAUACCGCAGGGAAGCACCAGUGCAGUAGACCACGCCUCAUCCCCACUGUUUACCAGCGUCGAUGAGGCCAAACUGAACUCCAUUACCACAUAUGCACGCUUCAUGAAGCUUUUAGACAACUAUGAGAGAUCUACUGGUGUGGCAGAGAGGGUGACCGCUGAGGAGGUGACUGAAAAUAACUCCUUUCUUGAUGCUGUCUUGGAGACAGCAGUCAUGAAGCGUGCCCACCGGUACCUGAUUGGAAAGGGAAAAUCCCGCUCUGAUCUGAGACAGUUUAAGAGUCAGUUGUACUACAUGUGGUUCCGUCUUUAUCACAGAGACAGAAAUGGAGGGGAGGACUCCAGUGGAUUUGAGCAUGUGUUUGUUGGAGAAACCAAGUUUGGCAGAGAAAUCAUGGGUCUUCACAACUGGGUCCAGUUUUAUCUGCAAGAGAAGCAGAAGCUUCUUGAUUACAAGGGCUACAAAGCCAAGGACAAUGAUGCGCCUAAUGAAGAUGACCAUGUCUUGAAUGUGCAGUUCAGCUGGCACGGUUUGGUCAAACCAGUGGCCAGCGCAUUUGUUGGUGUGAGUCCUGAGUUUGAAAUGGCCAUCUUUACCAUCCUGUUCCUCACGUCCACUGAGAAGACCACCACGGCCGUGGUCAAUCUGGAUGAGUACCAGCUGGAGAUGGUGGUGUAUAGACAUGGUCGUUCUAUUGGGACCGCUUAUCCCAAACUGCUGAGCAGCAACAACAGACACGUAUAGAUCCCACAUACU